AUGUCGUCAAUAUUGAAGAGAUUACCGUCCAAGGAGAGGAUUCAGCAGGCCAAGAAACUUAGUGCCGAAAUAUUUGGAAAUAACUGGAAUCCAAACAACGUAAGAAAUGGAUCGAAUGUUUUGAGAGCUCCAUUGAAGGGCCCUCAAGUUGCCUCGUACUACGGUGACAAUAAUGCUAUGCCAACAUUCAAGGACUUCAAGGAAUGGUUUCCAGAAUUAGGAUUUGUCGAUCCAAAGGAAGUGUAUCGUGUUAAGAUGGUCCAGGAUAGAAAGAAAAGAAAUAAGGGUGCACCAAAGAAAAAGUCUAGUUAG